GUUUUCUCCUCGUUGAUAAGGCAUUCAUGAGCUUGGUGAAGAUGCUGCUUGAUUGUGUGGCUGUUAGAAUGCAUGCAUCAGCAAUCAUCCUCCUGAUUUACUUGCUCCUGCUCCUGCUGCUAAUGCAGGUAAGCUGCUGGAAUACCACCGGCCGACCCGAUCGUCUCCAUUUGCGAUCGCUUCUUCUCAGCUCGCCAAAUGAUGCUGCUGCUCCUCGAGCCAGAUGCUUCAGCAUAACGGGAAGAGAAUUGUCGCGGUCGAGAAGAACGGCCCAGGCACAGGUUGAGAGGCAACAUGAAGUGUCAAAGUCGCGUGAAGAUCCGGUUUCGUCACUCGCUCAGCUCACCACCGCUUACUACAUGCAAACGAAGAUUGGUACGCCUCCCAGGGAAGUCCUUCUGUUGGUUGACACCGCAAGCGAGCUAACUUGGGUCCAGGGGACGUCGUGCACCAACUGUUCUCCCACCAAAGUUCCGCCUUUCAAUCCGGGGCUGUCGUCGUCUUUCAUCUCCGAGCCUUGCACCUCCUCGGUGUGCCUCGGCCGCAGCAAGUUGGGAUUCCAGAGCGCUUGCAACCGGUCCACAGGCUCGUGCAGCUUCCAAGUGGCAUACUUGGACGGAAGCGAGGCGUACGGUGUCAUCGCCCGGGAGAUUUUCAGCCUGCAGAGCUGGGAUGGAGCGGCGUCGACCCUGGGGGACGUGAUAUUCGGCUGCGCAAGCAAAGACCUCCAGCGUCCGGUAGACUUUUCGUCGGGAACUCUGGGACUCAACCGGGGGAGUUUCUCGUUUCCCGCUCAGAUUGGGAGCCGGAGUAAGAGCGGGCUAUCGGACAGGUUCUCCUACUGCUUCCCGAACCGAGCAGAGCAUCUCAACUCGUCCGGAGUUAUAAUUUUCGGGGACUCGGGAAUUCCAGCGCACCACUUCCAGUAUCUAUCUCUGGAGCAGGAGCCUCCAAUUGCGAGUAUCGUCGACUUCUACUACGUCGGCUUGCAAGGAAUAAGUGUCGGGGGGGAGCUGCUCCACAUCCCACGCUCGGCAUUCAAGAUCGACAGGCUCGGGAACGGUGGAACUUAUUUCGACUCUGGAACGACGGUGUCUUUCCUGGUGGAGCCGGCUCACACAGCACUGGUGGAAGCGUUUGGACGCCGGGUCUUACACCUCAAUCGAACGAGCGGAAGUGAUUUUACAAAGGAGCUGUGCUACGACGUAGCUGCCGGUGACGCGAGGCUACCAACGGCUCCGCUCGUCACGCUCCACUUCAAGAACAACGUAGACAUGGAGCUCCGAGAAGCGAGUGUGUGGGUACCUUUGGCCAGGACGCCGCAAGUGGUGACCAUCUGCCUGGCGUUCGUGAAUGCCGGGGCGGUCGCGCAGGGCGGAGUUAACGUGAUUGGAAACUACCAGCAGCAGGAUUACUUGAUCGAGCACGACCUCGAGCGCUCCAGGAUCGGCUUUGCUCCAGCGAAUUGCGUCAUGGAUUGAAAAGCGGAAGAACACACCAACUUUGCAUCAUCAAACUCUUUCGACAAGGGUCUGUAUUUUUUUUUUCUCUCUUUUUUCGAGUUCGUAGACUAGGAGGUUUUAGCUGCUGCGUUGGUUGGAUUGGCCAGAAUUGUUUUCCUAGAGGUCAGUCCAGUUGCAGCUCCCCGCGUUUAAGUUGCCGAGGGGGGGCAAAGUUUUCAACAUCGCACAAGACUCCUCUCACAAGGACGUGUUCGUUCUCGUCCACCAUAGUUUGGAAAAGAAAAUGAUAAUAUGAAUUCUCUCUUUCUGUUAAA